AUGUCGUCCAUCGUUGAAGACGCUGGCAUCAAAUCGGUCGACUUUUUCCAACCACCCCCAUGUGACUCGGAGACUGUGCCGGCCGAGGCCAUUUCGGAUAAGAACGCCCUGGUCGCGCCAUCCGAAGAACAAUUCGAGAUCCUUCUGAAUGAUCUGGCUCAGAGACUGAAGAAAGGUCACGGCGAAACGAUCUAUGAGGUCGGGAAAGGCUCCGACGAAGGGGGACUAGCCGCGGCAGAGUUGGAAGCGUCGGUGGCUACGCUCAAAUCACUGGUUGCGAGUCAAGAUUGCGAUUGUGUCCUCUUGCGUACGCGCAAGGAGCUCGCUGGUGAUGUCGCCGAAUACCUGAUCCGAUGCAAACCUCAAAACGAUGAUUUCCAGGAAGUGAGGGUCGCGGUAGUCGGGAAUGUAGAUGCUGGGAAAUCAACUCUGUUAGGUGUUCUCACUCAUGGUGAGCUCGACAACGGAAGAGGUCUUGCGCGUCAGAAACUCUUCCGCCACAAACACGAAAUGGAGUCCGGGCGGACAUCUUCUGUGGGGAACGACAUUCUAGGCUUCGAUUCCGUCGGCAACGUCGUCAACAAGCCCGACGCACACGCCGGCCAGCUCGACUGGAUGAAGAUUUGUGAGGAGUCUUCGAAAGUUAUCACUUUCAUUGAUCUCGCAGGCCAUGAGCGGUAUCUGAAGACCACGAUAUUCGGCAUGACGGGCCAUGCCCCCGAUUUCACAAUGCUCAUGGUCGGAGCAAACGCGGGCGUAGUAGGGAUGACGAAAGAGCACCUAGGAUUAGCUUUGGCUCUCAGCGUACCUGUUUUUGUGGUGGUGACCAAGGUCGAUAUGUGCCCGGCGAACGUCUUGAGCGACACGAUGAAAUUGCUCAUCAAAAUCCUUAAGUCACCGGGCUGCAGAAAAAUUCCAGUCAUCGUCCACAAUGCGGACGACGUCGUUGUGUGUGCCACAAAUUUUGUCUCAGAACGGCUCUGUCCGAUAUUCAAGGUCUCGAAUGUGAGCGGGGAAAAUCUCGAUCUCCUGAAAAAAUUCAUGAAUCUCUUGACGACACGUAUGCCCGGGAGCUUUGACGACGAGCCGUGUGAGUUCCAAAUCGAUGACACGUACAGCGUACCCGGAGUAGGGACGGUCGUCAGCGGCACAACGCUGAAAGGCGUGGUGCAUCUGAACGAAACACUCCUCCUUGGUCCUGAUCCGCUGGGACGUUUCCAAGCUGUUCAGAUAAAAUCGAUUCACCGGAAGCGGAUGCCGGUCAAGCAAGUUCAUGCUGGUCAAACGGCUUCGUUCGCGCUGAAGAAGCAAGUGAAGCGAUCCGACAUCCGUAAAGGAAUGGUGCUGCUCUCCCAGAGCAUAGGGGACCCUCAGAGCUGCUGGGAGUUCGAAGGCGAGAUCCUCGUGCUCCAUCAUCCCACCACCAUAUCACCCCGUUAUCAAGCGAUGGUGCACUGCGGGAGCAUCCGACAAACCGCGACCAUUGUUGAAAUGUCCAUGGAUUGUUUACGCACAGGAGACAAAGCUCUUGUUCACUUCCGAUUCAUUAAGAAUCCGGAGUAUGUGCGGCCGGGAAUGCGGAUGGUUUUCCGAGAAGGACGAACGAAGGCCGUAGGGAAAGUGGUGAGGAUUCUGGUCACGCCGGGAGGUCCGGGAGCGGCGAAGAAGCCCCAGAAACCCCAACGGCACCAGCAUGGGCAUCAUCAGCCACCCGAUGGUCUGAACCCCGGCGAUUCGAAUUCCAAGCAUCAGAAGAAAUCCUUCGGCGAUAAACAUGCGCCAGAUACCAACAACACGCCUGUGGAAGUCGCGUAAGGGGAGCGACGCUUCCUUUGAUGAAUGACUACGCACGGACUACCUUGCGAAUCACUCGACCGAGUCGGAGCGUGUUCCUGUUUGAGUGUUCGUGUGUAUGAUCAUCCCUGAAAGAACAGGAGAGCCCGGUGUUUGAAGUUGAAUAAAUUUAAGA